AUGGUGAAAGUCAUUCCAGGAUCAACCAAUAACAACAAGAAGAAUAACAACGUUAACACAAUUCAGAGUUCCAUGAACGACACUUCUCCUCCUUCAACCUCAUCUUCCGAACUUUUAAAAAAGCAAAGAGACGCACCAGUAGUGAUGGAGGUUGUUGUUGAAGAAUGUAGUGUGGAUGAUGAUGAAGAGGAGGAUGAUUCUGUUGAAUUUGAGGAAGAGAUUGAUGAAGAAUGCCAUCCGGAUGAGAUGAUUGAUGAAGAGGAUGAUCAUGAUGAAUCUAUUGAGGAAAACGAUGAAGAGAAUGAGGACAUUGAGGAGCACGUUCCAACACCUCGGCAUUGGCACCUCCAGAAGGAUCAACUUCGUUACAGAGCAGCACUUAAUGGUAACGUCUUCUUUUCCCACAUUCCGAAACGAUUAGGAGAGGUUUUUCAUGUGGAGUGGUGGUAUUACGUGUCCACAGUGAAUCACACCUCUUUGCCAAUAUGUGUCGAUCGAAUUGAAGGAUAUGACCAGUUGGAACCGAAUGAUUUCCCAUUGUCGAAUGAUGUCCGAGUGGGAACUGCCAUUCACUUUCGAGAUUAUCAAUUAACUCUGGUGAAUCCAACGAGCUGCUGGCAACAGUCUUCAGAGAUGACUGUUACCUAUCAUGACAAGCUUAGUUUGUUCUGGUCCAACUACUUUUUUGAUCACUACAAGGUGUUGAGCAGUGUGGGGUUCCAUCAAGAGAAUGAGGAGAAGAUGACCACUAACCAAGCAUCCUCAAGUUCCCAAAAGUCUCUUCUGAAGAAGCAUUCAAGAAUGAUCAAUGCUUGGGCUUUUCAUUCGAGACAAAUCUAUAGCCAUGAGAAAGCUCGCAAACAGGUCCAGCCAUGUAUGUCUUUGGUGGGGAGAACCAAUAGUGGAGGAUCGUCACGUCGAAUUUACUCGACUCCAACAGUGGAAAUUUCUCCCUCCCCUGAGCCUCUUCUCAGCAGCGACCAUACAGAAACACCUCCUCACCAACAAGAAUUAAGGACAGAUCCUGGUUAUUCAUCAGACAUUGAUGAAGACAUUGGUGAGGACAGUGCCACAACGUUCAAACAGGAUGAUCAACAUGAAGUCAAGGGCCCAUUUCUUUCGAGCUCAUUCUUGAGGGAGCAAUGGGAGAUUCUCACCAAAGAUAUUCAGGAAUUUUUCUCUCACUAG